AUGUACACUUCGUGAAAUGGAACGUAUAAACCUUACAUAUUUUCGGAUUUCAUUUCUUGCUGAAUUAUAUCAAUGACUUGUGUAAAUUCAAUGUUAAUAUAACUUGUGGAUGACUGUUGAAAACCAGAAGUGUUUUUUGUAGCGUAUUUAUAAUACUGUGUUACUGUGACUUCAAAUGUUAAAGAGUAGUGUUUUUAUAUUUUAAUGUGAGCUUUUAAAAUUCAAUAAAAAUGAUUCAAGAAGAAGAAUUUGACUCUUACGUUACAACCCCAGAGAGGAUAAAGGCUUUGGGGUUCAAGCCGCAAAAAGAAAUAGUAACGUGUCACUUGUUGCCCUAUGCCGAUAAAAUAGACGAAGAAUCAACAACAUUCCUAGAACAGGUGAAGAUAAAUUUGGCGAAGGCAAUCAUGUUACGAGAAAUGAAGCCGGCCUGUGGAGUCUGGUCUUCCAGGCUGAUGAAGUAUAUCCGUAUUUAUGGCUUAAAAUUUGGAAAAGAAGAUCACAUUGCAUUUAUAAAAUUAGCCUACGAACUUGUACUCAUACCAGACUUGGAACCAUGCAAAAUUAAUAAAUUUGCAACCUUGUUUAUCAUGUUAACAAAGAAAAGGUAUCUCUUAACUCCUGAAGAUCUUACACUUCCAUGGCGACCUCUGUAUGAAGUUGGUAUAAAGAUUUUUGAUAAGAGUUCUACGAGUAUCGGAAUGUUCCACUACCUAACGCGAAAAUCUUCUGAAAAACAAGAAGUGUCUAAGCUCGAGAUGGUUCGAAAAUUUCUGUCAGGAUACGGUUUAGAUGACGCACUCGAUUUAUUUGGACUUUCAAUGAGGCAGAAUGAAAAUGAUCUCCCCACGUCCUUAGAAGGAUCAUACAUGACAAUGAUUAAAUGUGCGAGGCCAUAUUUCGAUGUAGGUGCAACAAAAGAGAUAUUAGAAGAGCUGCUCCCACUUAUUUGUCCCUGGUCAUCCAACUCCCAAAUGAUGGGUUCACUCACUAGUUUUCUGCCGAUAGGACUUCAUCCCAAGUACGCAAAUCAAGGCCACGAGCUCUGGUUUGACCAGCUAAUGGCAUUAUGGGAUUCAUGUUACAAUUCCCAAUGUGGAAUUUCUGAUAUAAUGAUACUUUUCGCUGGUUUGGCUAAAAAAAAUCCAGGCGCGAUAGAUUGGACCCCUCAUGUACCAAAACUAUUUAUGCGAUUCUUUCACGCACUUAACUUACCCGUGAGCUACAAAGAUAUGCAGUACUCUCGUAAUCAUUCUUUAGAUAUGAAAUGUGUAGCUUCGUGGAUAGUGUGGACAAUAAAUCCAGAUGGGGUUGUGUUGAAACAUCUUCGUUCAUUCCUUGCUGGAUUUGAAAGUUAUUUACAUAGCGCAAAUUCUGGUCGAUGGUCAUUUAAACUACGUGAUCUUAUAAGAAAAUUGGCGCGAGAAUUCCUCAAUAGACUACGUCGUGAACGCGAGAAGAGAUUCCGCAAUACUUGGGAGAAUAAAACACCAGAAUCGUAUAAACUCCGCGAAGAAGAUGUAACAGAGUUUGUGAAAAUUGUGUUUAGGCCGACGUUCCAAGCCGUAAACAGUAGGAGUGGAUCUCUUGACAUUUCUAUCGCCUUACAUAACUUGGCUAUUCUCCGACCAGCAAUAGUUAUACCUCCUUUACUUGAGAAGUUGAAAACUUCAUUGACAUCGUUAACUGAGCCUCAUAGAGUAACCGCAGCUAUGUCGGCAGUAGCGGCCGUCGCUCGCCCGAUGCUUCGAGGAGCUGAUGCUGAUUACCCAGAAGGUCCUACCCAUGUAGUUCCUUUCCUAAUGGCGGUGCUACCGGGGCUCGAUCCAAACGAUAUUAAAAAAUCUUUAGUCACAUUACAUUUCAUAUUAAUAUUUAGCAGUAUGAUACCAUAUGUCGAUUGUAGCUCAGCUCAGGAGUACUGGCCAGAUCUUACAGAUGAAGAGCUUCUAGUCUGUGAAUCGACUGCUCAAUUGGAGGACUUUGUCUUAAUCUUUCUAGAUAGAAUUUUUAUUAUCAUCGAGUCAUCUACUCUAGAACAUGCACGUCUCGACACUAAAGAUUCUGAUUGCGCUAGGAGCAAAACAGAUGCUGUAAUGGAAACUGCUAUAUCCUCCGCCGCGACAGCAGUACUGACACAGUGCUCUCCCAAAAUAUUCAGAGAAGCGCUAAGGAAGUUUAAGUCGUUUGCGACUGAAUCAACGUUCGAAACUAACGUUUCGGGAAGCAUGGUUGGAGUGCUAUUACACGUAUUCGCUCGAAUAGAUACCGAAUCCACAUUAUCUGCAUUUUUGCCGAAACUUCUAGAGGAGUUAAAAGAACUGACAUCCAGUGACGAAGCUCUACGCGAGGAAAACCCUCCCAGAGAUCUUGUCUACAGAUUAGUUUUAUUGAUGCAUCUUGUAGAUUGUGACGGUAAAGUCUUGCUUAAAUAUAUUCCGCAAAUUUUACCCGUAUUAGACAGGAUAUUAAAAUUACACUCGAAAUAUGCGUUGACACGUGCGUGUGAGGUUUUGAGUCACGUGUUGAACUCGUUGUCUUUUGUUGACUUGAAAGAAUGGAAGAGCUCAUCACAAGAUUAUGGUAGCGCACCUGAGAAAUGGCUACCAAUACGUGAAUGGGGUCGCGGUUGUUUGUUGAAAGACGCGAAAUUUAAGUGGCACGUACCGUCUGCUGAAGAAGCCGAAUGCGCUCAAAUGAUUUCAGACAGAUAUUUAAAGCACGAGGUGAUGAGACUCAAGCAGUGGAUAAGUGGAGAGAGGUCAAUGAGUCGUGAGCGAAGAUUGAAAAGCUUCAGUGUUAUCAUUUCUGUGAUGGCCUGCAGCACAUUCCUGCCACAGCCAGAUGAAGAACCUAUUGCUCUAUUAGAGUCCCAAGUACCAGCCACGAGUAUGCCGUUCGUAACUGCUGUUCCAUAUACCGUAACUUUAGACGGUGAAAACAUGCGAGUCGCUUUAACGCGCCUCCUACUCGAAGUUCAAGCGAAAAUGCUCGCUGACAAAACUGAUGACACACGAGGCUUGGAUAUGCUUCUCCUAUGUUGGGAGCGCGUGAUCAUCCUGAAGAGCCUCCGCUCCGGGCCGGGGCUGGAGGCGCGCCUGCGCUCGUACGGCGCGCUGGAGCGCGCGCUGGACGGGCGCGGCGGGCGCGUGCGCGGCGACCUCUCGGCGUCGGCGCGCCUGCGCAUGCUCAUCGCGGACGCCGCGCGCCUGCAGGACGAGGCCCGCGUGGACUUGGCGUGCGAAGCCGGGAUCACACCGUCGGCGAUGAAAGCGGUGCAUGCGCUGUACGAACUUGCCAUCAAUACUUAUAGCUCGGUUCGCAUUUCCGCACAAAUUCGCCUCUACUGGAUGUUGAACCACUAUCCGUACUCAUAUCGGGUGCUAAUCCCGAAGCUAGUAGAGUUGCUUGCGACCGGAGGUGAAGGAGAAGAGUGGCACGCGCGUCACAAGGGAGCUCUUUUCAUGAUGCUGGGGCCGAAGGUCGGACCUCUCGUGGCAAAACAAGACUGGGAGGUGGUUGGAGCGCUGUGGCCAGCGAUACUAAAGGCUCCAUUGAGCGAGAAACCAACUAUACACCGGUUGGAACAUGCCUUUAGCGAAACAUUACAUCGCCAUUUUCCCGCCGUGAAUACGCGCUUAACAGUCUCGCAAGCUGCCGUUGAUGCAGCGAAACGUCUUCUGAGUGAGGAACAAAUGAACGAUGCAGAAUUUCAGGAACAGCUGGAAAAAUCUGUAGAAAGAGAAGUCGCUACGUCUGAUAAAAUGGAGAAAGUGUAUAUUAAUCUCGUGAAUGAUUUGGUAUCUAUUGCGGAGAAUUCCAACGGUCAAUGGCGCCGUUUGGAGCUAGCCAUGCAAAUGUUAACCUACUGCCCUCUGAUACAAACCCCGUACCCGCCGCGCGCCGUCCGCCUCAUGGUGCAAUCGCUUCUACAUGACGAUAUCAUCGUGCGACGAAUUGCCCUAAAGCUAACUCACUUUGCGUUAAAACAACGCAAACACAAAAUUAAAAAAAUAAAAGUCGACCCGUACGAAGUAGCCGGUGUUCCCAAGCCGGAUCGACAUGUACCAGGUUAUAGAAAGGAUAUCGAAUGGGCGAUGUGGUCCGCAGAUGGUGAUAUACUUACUGAUGAAGAAUGGGAUAAACCAUGGUUACGAGACUACAACUACGGUUUCUAUGCUUGGCCGAAAGAACUUAAGGUGGCAGCACCAAUCAGCAAGCAAACAUAUUCAAUAGAUAAAGCUCCCGAAGACAUGGAAGAAGGCGAACGAUACUUGUAUGAGUUCUUCAGCGAUGAAGCGAAUAUCGAGCGUCUCGUGGCGUUCCUCACCGUCGAGGAGAAGAAGGGGAAGGAUAAAUUCAACGGCAUACGUUAUGCAAUGUUUCGGAUGGUGUUCGCGCAGUUCGGCGAGCGCGUGUCGGGCCCGCUGCUGGCGCACGCGCGGCGCUGCGCGGGCGCGGCGCAGGAGGCGCCGCAGCGCUUCGCGGCCGAGCUCGCCACCGCCGCGCUGCGGGCGCCGCGCGACUGGCCGCGCGAGCGCGCGCUGGCGCUGCAGAGCUCGGCGCUGGAUAUUAUUAAAGCGGGUCUGACGGCGGUCACCCCGGAGACGAUGGAGGACUGGGGCACGUGCCUGGCGACGGGCGUGGAGAAAAUGGACCCGCGGCGCGGCGCCGCCGUGCUGCGCGGCCUGCUGGAGCUGUGCGCGCCGCCGCCCGCCCGCGGGGACGCCGACCCCGACCCCGACCACAGCACCUCCUUCGUCAUCUGUGCCCGCCUCUACGCCUUGCAGGGCGCUCUUGGAUGUAUGUCAUGGCGGGCGGCGCCGUUAGCAGCUGAAUUGCUAAAACGACUAGACUCCGCAAACUUUAUUCAACAUCCCUAUCAAAACGUCAGGGAAAUUGUGGGCAGUAUACUGAUGACAAUAUUCGAUACUGAACUGGUGAUCGAAGGCGGCGGCGAGUCAAGCGCGGCGCCCUGCUUGAAGGACUUUCUCGCCUCAAUUGCGCCAAGACUUGCUGCACUUUACGACGAAAAUGGAGACAUUGUGGUAAAAACAGCAGUGUCGAUGGAUGGGCAGUGCGGCUCGCGGGAGACUAUCGCUGCCGAUAACCCCGUGGCGCCCAUCACCGCGGUACCGCUCACCGCGCUCACCAAGAACAGCCCGCAGGUCGCCAGACUGACGACAGAUGCACCCAGGGACGAUCACGCGCACCAGACCGAAGGCAGCGAAUCAGCGGAGACUGAGAGCGAAGAUUCCGCCGCGGACAAACAGCUGGUCGAGCAACUCGACAGCGCGCUGCGACUGUCCGGCGACGUGGCGCCUGCGCAGAGACAUCACGCGCGGGCCGUCAACCUGCUCACAACAGUUCUUCGCGGCUGCAUGGGUGUGAUAGUUCGAGGCGUGUACAGCAACACGGAGACCCAGUACGAUCUCGUCUGUACUGCGGGCGCACUCGCGUCGAGAGGCCCUCCGCAGCCGCACGAGGAGCUUCCCCGAGCCGCUGGAGGUUUCCUUGCUAGCCUGGCCUUAGCCAACCACUCCUCGUCCGCUUUCAACAAAGCUCUAACAGUGUUGGAGACUCUGGCAGAUGGCAGAUCAUGGUGGGCCCGAUUGGCAUGCAUCGACUUUGCUCAGCCGUUACUCUUCUAUGGCCUGCCCAUGUUAUGUGAUGAACCAGAGAGAGCAGUCCGAGCCGAAAGAUUCGCCUUGAAGCUUAUGAGAGAUUCUAGAGUUGAGGUUAGACAAUCUGCGGCAAAAUUGCUGACUGGUCUAAUGCACUGCCGUGCGUUACCAAAUGAAGACAUGACACUCAAAUCUCUUAAGAGGAGCUGUCGGUCUAAAGAGCUAGUAGAACGCCACUGCGGAGUGUUAGGUCUUUGUGCGUAUUUAGCUUCUCGGCCGUAUAGCUUGGGCCCGAGGCUUGGCAAUGUAUUGGCAGAAUUAUCAAAACAUACGAGUGCACCGGAUCCCAUACCGGCAACCAUUCGAACCGCUUUGGCAGACUUCCGACGAACACAUCAAGAUGACUGGCCCAAUCACAGGGAACAGCUCACAGAGGACGAAUUAGAUCUUCUAGCAGACUUAACCUCACCGCCAUCAUAUUGCGCGUAAAUCAAUGAUAUAUUCUUGACUAAGUAUAUCGAUGUUUAAAUAAUACCUAAUAAAUGGACAAUUUAUGACAUAUUUCAACUUAUAUGGUUAAUCAAUCAUUAAUUAAUCUCAUAAUAAAUUAAUCCAAUCGUAAUGAAGUCUUACAUGUUAGUAAUAUAUUAAACAGCAACACUUGUACGAAAAAAAAUGCAACUAAUCACGAAAAUGAUGCUGUUUUAUUUAAAUUUUGAAUCGUGUCAUUUUAUUGAUUACCUAUAAAUGAAAUACAUACAUAAAAUUUUCAAAUAUAAUUGUAAUAAGAACUAUGUAAUCGGAGUGGGUUAUCUUGGUGUCUAUUAUAUCUGUGUAGGUGCAGGAAAAUAUAUUAAAUGGUGUUGUAAUAUUUUCAUUUGUAUAGUUUUCAUUAAGACAUGGUUUUGUAUAAUAACUUAGCAAAGGUUGAUUUAGAGAAUCGUGGAAAAGAUUAUAAUCGUUGGCAUGUUGGAAAGAGCAAAGGUGUUAAUAACAACUUAUCUUGGAAAUAUUUUUUAUUUAAUAUCUCCAAUAGCUUGAACAGAUAUUGUUUGCUCUCGGUGGUAGAAGGUUUUGCAAGUACCUCAUAAAUAAAGUUAUUGUUUAUGAUUAUAUAUAAUUUUCUGACAUUUUUAUGCAUUUUUUUCAAUAAAAAUAUUUUAAUUAAAUAUUAUAUCUAACCAUUUGUUAAAAAUAAUUAACAAUAUGUAGAUUUACAUCUUCUCUGUCGUUUAUUGCUCUUUUUAAUUUUUAUAGAUCUGUCACUUGGGUGUUUUUUUGUAAAAAACUGUAUAUUAUAAUUUCUAAACAUUUCUAGGAUAAAAAUAAAUAUAAUAAAGGAAAAAAAUAAAAUA